GCCGUCGGCCAUGUGAUUACCAAACGUUAGAAACGAACUUCAACAAGCGCGCCCUCGCUCCGUUUGCUAGCACUUUCCACCACUGUCAGCUGAUAGGUUACGUCAUCCAAAACAAAAACCUCCCUCUCGCGGAAAGACUGAACAUUCGUGAAGAUGCUCUGUGGGCGUGGCUUAAGGCCUCCGUUGUGGACAGUAACAGUGUCAGCUAAGUUUAGCGGUCAGGGUUUUUCCUCUCCGUGGAAGGAGUCUUCUUCUUUUUAUUUUUUUUGCAUCUCACUUCCGUGUUUGCUGUUUCUCCACGAAAAGCUUGAUAUCACUCUCCCCCCAAAAAGCAUACAAAAAAUCAAGUGUUACUUCCAAGAUGGCCAUGGUAAAGAGUGGCUGGCUUCAUCGACAAAGUACCAUACUGCGUCGAUGGAAAAGAAACUGGUUUGACUUAUGGGCUGACGGACGACUUGUGUUCUACAACGAUCAACAACGGCGCGACAUGGAGGACGACAUCCACAUGAGGGUCAACUGCAUUAACAUCCGCAACUCCGCUGGAUGUCAGGAGCUGAACCCACCGGAGGGAAAGACGCGUGAUGCCUUGUUCCAGAUAGUGUGCAGAGAUGGACGGGUCAUCAGCCUGUGUGCAGACAGUGCAGAUGAUGCUCUGGCAUGGACAAUGGCACUUCAAGAUGCCAGAGUUAAUAUGGUGGUCACUGCUCCUCAGAUCGGCUUUGCACAGGAGGUGAUUGCAUCUGCUCCUCCCCCCUACUCGGAAUAUCCUCCCCAACCGGUUUAUGCCCCAGGCCCAUAUGGAGACUACACUGCACCGCCCCCACAGGCCACACAGGUCGUAUACUCUGCUGAUGGGCAGCCCUACACAGUUGCUUAUCCUUAUCAAUACCAAGGUGGGUACGUUGCUUCUGGAGUGAACCAUGUCAUCAUUCGGGAGCGACAGCGUGACGACGGAGGAGAUGUGGCUUUGGGCAUGCUCGCUGGAGCGGCAACCGGUUUAGCACUCGGCUCUCUCUUCUCUGUAUUCUAGCGUCAGAACUAAUGUACUUCUAGCAGCCAGUGACUCCCUCCCCCUGUAUUUAUAUGGCCUCCUCUCUGUAUCAUCACGUGAGUUAGAAUGAAACGUGUCUGUUGGGCUACAUCUAUCUGACGCAUAAUUGUGAUGUGCAGUGAAUUACUCACCAUGUAUUCUCAGCACUUUCAAAUACAGUCUAUGUUGCUGUUUACCAACAUCUUUGUGUUAUCUGAAUAUGAAUAUUCUUAACCAAAAAACAUAAUGUAAUAUAAGCAUUACUUAAUUUUCAAAGUUGUCAAAAUGACAGAAAAGACACUACUCCUUUCAUGCACAUUUCAGGUCCUCUCCUGUCAAUUUGCUUCCACUUCACGGUGCACAGAUGUUUUUUUUGUGUUUAUUUCCGUUUACUGUAUGUUUUUCUAUUUUAAUGUUUUGUUGUUUUGAUUGUGAAUUUGCAUCGUAUCUUUGACUCCUGAGGUAAUUAGUGGUGGAGCUAGCUUCAGAUGAGCAUAGUUUUCUGAGGGACCCGUUUGAUGAACAUUGGUUUGAUUAUAUAGUCUGUUAUAUUGUAACCCUGGCAUUUACAUGAAGUGAAAUGGGACAUCACUCCUUGAGAUUUAUAAGUGCUUGGUUUAUGUUUUUUUCAUUGGCAGCUUUUCAAUCAUGCCUUUGAUUUAAAGUGUUUUUUUUAAUUUCCAUAGACUUAAAAAAGCCUUAUCAGGUAAAUCUCUUGAGUCAUUUCACUUGGCUAGGACCCUUUUUUUCUCAGCAUAUAAAUUAUGACCGCUUUUAAAAUCCAAACUUCUGCUCAAUAGAAAACAUUUUGGUCUACAUUUCAAACAGAUUUUUUCAUCACUACUGACACUGAAUUAAGAGAUGUAUAAGAAAUGUUUUGCAAGCAGCUUAUUGAUGUAAUUUUUUCUACAAGUCUUAAUUUGUUUGUUGCUGUGAAAUUAAUAUUCACUUAUCAUAUAAGGAAAUUAAAUUGUGAUUUACACUGCAUUAGAAAUAUAGAAAUAUGAUAGUUAACUAAGAGAUGUAUUUUAACAAAUAAACAUA